AUGCUAUCAAGAAACUUUAUUAGACAAUCUACAAGAACUUUCAUAUCGUUUUCCAGACGUUCAAUUAUACCCUCAACAACGAAACUAUCAUCAAGAUGUGCAUAUCAACAAGCUUCAAAAUUCUCAACAACUUCAAGCCUUUUACAUCAAGCAUCUCAAGCAGAACAAUCAUCACAACAAGCUCAAGAUACAAUGAGAGCAUUAGUAUACCACGGUGCUAAAGAUAUUAGAUAUAACCAUGAUUUUGAAUUACCAAAAAUCACCAAACCAAAUGAUGUUAUCAUUCGUAUUGCCUAUUGUGGUACUGAUUUACAUGAAUAUGAAGAGCCAAAAUUUUUCAAAAAUGCAGCAUCAGAAGGUGGUGAUAAAAUCAGUGGUAAGAAAUUACCUUUAGUCCCAGGUCAUGAAAUGAGUGGUGUUGUUCAUCAAGUUGGUGAAGGUGUUGAAAACUUGAAACCAGGUGAUCAUGUUGUUGUUGAAGCUACAGGUCAUUGUUCAGAUAGACAAAACUAUUUCACAGAACCAGAAAAUCAUAGAAGACAUGAUGAAACUUGUAUUAAUUGUGAAUUAGGCUUCACAAAUACUUGUUCGGAUUUGAAUUUUGUUGGUUUAGGUAUUGAUAAUGGUGGAUUAGCUGAAUAUACCAAAUAUUCAGAAGAGCAUAUUUUCAAGAUUGAUAAGAAAAUCCCAUUAGAUGUUGCUGCAUUAAUCGAACCAUUGUCUGUUGUUUGGCAUGCAGUUGAAUUAUCAGGUUUUGUUCCUGGUGAAGAUGCUGUUGUCUUAGGUGCUGGCCCAAUUGGUCUUGCUACAAUCUUAGUCUUGAAAGCAUUUGGUGCUUCAAGAAUUGUUUGUUCAGAACCUGCUACAAUUAGAAGAGAACAAGCUGAAUAUUUUGGUGCUGUUCCAUUCAACCCAGCUGAACAUGAUAAUGAUACUGAAAUUUUAAGAUCAAUGGGUCUUAAAGGUGAAGGUUUUGGUAAAUCAUUUGAUUGUUCUGGUAUUCCAAAGACUUAUGAAACCUCAAUCCAUUCUUUAAGAGCUCAUGGUGUUGCUUGUAAUGUCGCCAUCUGGCCUCAUAGAUCUGUUGCCCAUUAUGUUAUGGAUUUAACUUUAGAGGAAAAAUCAAGUGUUGGUUCAUUAGGUUAUACUCAAAAGGAUUUCAAAGGUGUUAUCAAUGCUAUUCAAAAUGAUCAUAUACCAGUUGAAAAAUUGAAACAAUUCAUUACUGGUAGAGUUGGUUUGAAAAGUGGUGUUGUAAAUGGGUUCCACGAAUUGAUUGAACAUAAAGAUAAACAUAUUAAAAUCUUGAUUAGUCCAGAUUUAUUUGAACAGUAA